AUGAAAACGAUUCAACUUAGACAAAAACAUGUUCGACCGAAUGUGGAACUUUUCUUCGAAGAAGACCCGCCAAUGAUUGUCAGAGGGAAAGGUCAAUACUUAUACGAUGAAAACGGAAACGAGUUCCUGGACUGCAAUUUUAACGUAAGCCAUGUCGGCCAUUUGCACCCUUACGUUGCAGAAGCAGUCCACAAACAGAUACUAACUCUAAACGUUAACAGUCGUUUUUUGAACGACAAGCUUUCGGUGUAUGCCAAACGGUUAUCGUCGAAGUUCCCCGAGAAACUGAAUUUUUGCUACUUCACGAAUUCGGGAUCAGAAGCGAUUGAUCUGGCUAUCCAAAUGGCCAGAGCCUACCAUAAAGGCGAGCGUCACAAGAUACUGUGCCUCGAGAUGGCAUACCACGGACACUUAGAAUCAACGAUGCGAAUAUCAGUCUACAAGAAGAAAGACGGAAACUACCCUAGGGAUCUUGCCGCAGUCAUUGAGUCAGAGAGAGAUGAAAUUACAGUUUGUUCAGUCGCGGCAUUCAUCGCCGAAUCUUUUCCCUCGUGUGCAGAUGAAAUCCAAACGGGUUUUGGGCGAAUCGGAACCCAUUUUUGGGCCUUUGAAAGGGACCAAAUCGUAUCUGAUAUGGUCUCGUCUGGGAAGCCAAUUGCAAAUGGAUACCCUUUGGCCGCGCUUGUGGUAAAAAGUCAAGUUUCGAACUCAUUCUGUGCCGGAAAGAGAACAUAUUUCAACACUUUUGGAGGAGCUCCAGUUUCAAUGACAGCUGGUCUAGCAGUUCUUGAUGUGAUUGAAAACGACAAUCUACAGCAACUUGCACAAGAAGUUGGAGCUUACUUGAAACAGAAACUUCAAGAGCUACAACUUAAACAUUGGUUGUAUGUUGACGUCAGAGGCCAAGGACUACUCGUAGGCUUUGAGCUCAUUCGGAAUAAAGACACACUUGAGCCGGGAACGAAAGAAGCAGAUGAAUUGCAAGUGCGAAUGAUGAAAGAAAACCGAGUGUUGGUCAAUCUUGACGGGAAGUUCAAUAGUGUGAUCAAAAUUGAGCCGCCCAUGUGUUUCUCGAAGAAAGAUGCGGAUAAUGUAUUCAAAUCGGCAGAUCGGAUUCUGGGAGAGAUUGAGGCAAGACUGAAACCGACUGGGAAGCACACUAAAUAG